AUGUCUGUCACACUUGCCUAUCCAGCAAUGGGACCGAUUUUAGAGUUUAUGGAAGCGAAUAAGAGCUAUUCUCGCGUACUUAAACUUGAUUUGAAGCUCAAAAAUGUGAUUUUCAGAAUCGAUCUAACCUCCCGAUGCCCCUCUCUCCAUGCCAUCGACAAAUCUACAACACUUCGCCUAGCUUUUCUAGAAUUCCGGACCAACAGUAUCCAAAUCAACGACACCUACUACAUCCUAAGCCAUUGUAAACAAAAAUAUCUAGAAAAUCAGGAACAAAUCAAGGAUAAAUCAUCCAGAGAAGCCUUGGAACCAGGAGAAAUUCAAAUUGGAGGGAAUUCUUUUCCGAAAUUUCGGAAAUUUGUUAAACUUCGAAUUGUAAAUGAAUUUGGAGAUGAAACUGUUCGAAAGCUUCCGCAGAACCUAGAAAUCCAUAUGGCUUUGAAAAAGUUGUUCAACUUCUUACUGGGUGGACGAAAAACCCCUAUUAAAGUGGCAGAUGAGUUGGUGUUGGAUUUGAAGAAGGGAGAUAUUUUAAGACUCCCUGAGAAUCUGAAAAUCUGGGUUAAAACUCUUAACUCCGAGAGGACGGAUUUCGAAGAGAUUCUUCCAAUUCUAGAUCCCUCAUGUUUGCCAUUGGAGACUUUGAAACUGGAAAAUGCGCAGCUCCAUAAUCUCCAUAAUCUAGUUUUUCGAACAGCACAGAAUGUGGAAAUUUGGGGAGUUCAUGAUGAGGAUUCUGAGAAUUUAGAUUCUGACGAUGAUUCUGAUGAAGAAGACGAGGAAGACGACGAAGAACUAUGGCUCUCGGAAUUUCAAAAGCUCCCAAAUAAAAACAUUUUCAUUGAUUAUGAUAUAUACAACCGAGAAAAAAUAGUGGACUUAAUCAAAUAUUGGAUGGAGAAUGGAAAAGAAAUUGGAACUUGCUUUUCGUUCGAAAGAGGAAGGCAGAAGGUGGAUGAAGAGGUGGACCAAAUCAAGAAAGAGAUUGGAGGAUAUUAUAGAAGAAGAGUCGCCCUUGGCUACGCUCUGAUCCUCCCUAUCAACGAUGAAACCGAACUGAUGGUCAUUGGAGCCAAGAUGUCAAAGCUUCGCCGUAGAGCUCUUCACCUUGUGGUCCAGCCCAAAGUCGUUUGCUCCCAUUGGACGGACAAAUUUUUCAAAAUCGUAUACUCGAAUCAAAUCAUCUAUGCUCUUUUCGCCGGAUUUGUCUUUAUUAUUGCUUUAAUUCCCUACUUUUUCAUGUUGGGUCGCAACGCAAACUCAUGGAUAGCCGCUCUAUUUGUUGUUAUUUAUACUAUUUUGCUAUUUAUAAUUGGUGCGUUCUGGACCGAUUAUUCGAUUUUCUAUUGGGAUGAUCAUUGGGAUUAUUACAAUACUGAGAUGUUUCACAUGUUUAUGAAGUAA